GGUACAGAAAUUGCAUUUGCUGCUGUUUGUGGGAACGGUGUGUACACCACUUCCACAGUGCGCUUUGUAAGCGUACAAACGGCUUACAUUUUUUUCAAAUUCGGGCCUUCAAGUACAAGUUAAUACAUUUUUCAAGAUGUUGGUCGCAUUGAUUGCUACGCUGGCGAUCCUAUGCCAGCCGGUGGCACCGCAAUUCGGCUCUCGGGAAUCCGUGGCCAAUACCGUGAUUCCCGGUGAUAUUGUGCUGGAGACGAGCUCCAUGGGAUACGAUGAAAGUCCAUCAGCUGAAAUGCGACCAGCAGCGGAAAAAUACAACCAGUGUAUGCAGCGUGUGGAAGCGGUGCUGUCUGCGCUGGACACCAUCAACAGCGACAAAACCCUUCUUCCCGGCGUUAAACUAGGAGCUAAUAUAUCGGAUCACUGCUUUAUCGAUACUGUCGAUGUCUAUCAACCGGUAACCCGGGUAUCCAGCCAGCCACGUUUUGAAGUAGGUCCUAAUCAAAGCGACAGUUCCACUGUCAUAAACGUCGAUCCAGUGCUAAACUUAGUCGCUGUCCACCGGGGCCUGACGAUGAAACCGUACCCAGAUGACACCUCAAGGUUCAAACAGCAGUUCGGCCUCUUCAACAUGACCACUUUGACCGGCAAGGAUCAAGGCAAAGCACUGGCAGAUAUCUUGGCCUUUUUCAACUGGACGUACAUUAACUCUGCGGCGUUCGAGGACCCUGAAACCAGCGCGCGCCUGCAGCGAUUUUUAGCGGAAGUCCAGAGACACCAUAUCUGCAUCAAAAGCAACCUGACAAUUCGUGCGCGAACUGGUGGCGACGAAGGUUACGACGGCGAUUCCGACACACUGCAGCGAAUAGCGCGAGACAGCUCGACAGCGCCGGUUCUGAUCGUGUUUGCUCCGCCAAAUAUUAUGACGAUCGCCUGGAUGGUUGACUUUUUCAAGCAAGCGAAGAACCGUCCAGAAAACGGAUUGCUGUAUGUAGGUUUGGUUCAGGACCCCGCCGAGUUAGCGGGAUUCCAGGGAGCGUUUUUGGAGGACGAAAUUCAAGGUUCUCUGACGCUAAAACUCAAACCUCCAACACAGGCCGCGUUUGAGCAACACUUAAUUGGCUUGAAGCCCGGACAAGAUGCUCACCGAAAUCCGUAUUUCCAACGCUUUUGGGAGACCAAGUUCAGCUGCAAGAUCGCUGGGACCUCGCCGGUUGACCCUACAUGGCGACAGUCCGACUGGAAAUCUUGCGACCCGAAUUUGAGUUUGAAGAAGGCUAAUUUCACUACCGACUCAAAAGCAGCGAGACUUUACGAAGCGGUUCAAGUGUACGCAAAAGCGUUAAAGAGCUAUCUUGGGCACGGUAGCGCGGCGAAGGAUGCACGAUUGCAAGUUCCCACUCAGAUUGAUGGAGCGCUUUUAUACAAUUCUCUUUUAAAAACGCCGAUUAGUCAAGGGGAAUACGAAAUCUAUAGUUAUCACAAGGUGGCCAGUGGCGGCGAGCAGCCAAUUUUGCCCAAGAAUGCCGGUGAGGAUGAUGUGCGGUUAUAUUACGAGCGUCUGGAGAAAGCCCGUGGAAGUUACGCUAAUGUGAAAGUAGGCGACUGGAGUCCGUCUAAGCUGGAUAUCCAUGUAGACAAGAUCCAGUGGCCGCGGGGUCAUGCAGGCAUCCCGAAAUCGCGAGCCAGCGAGCCCUGUGCCAAAGGUCAGAAGCAGGUCUUCGGGGAGAAUACCUGCUUAUGGGUAUGCGCUGCCUCCUAGGAGACGGAUUAUGCAUCACAAUAAUGGUUAACUAGGCGUACGCUGUUCAACAUGUCUGCAGCAUUUAUAGUGAACGAAAUAAUAAAACACUCGUUCUGCUGGUGUUGUAUGAAUUCAACACUGACUUUAUAACAGAACACUAAAAGAACCGUGUUGAACUUUAAGCAAGUCUGUGGCUUUGGUGUAUUUAAGAUAAUAACGAAAAAUGCCGAGCUUCUUUCUGCAAUAAUUAUUCAGAAAAUUAUUCCUCAUUUUUGUGGUAUUCGAAAAUAGCGAAAAGUGCUUACUUCCUGUAGACAGGAAACGUUGACUUUAAAAAAAUAGAUGGCAUAAGUAAUUUUGAUCUUUCGUUCGGCUGACAAGCAUCUUCCUUUAUCAGCUUAUA